GUCCCGGUAACUUGACAGCAGACCACAACCUGCUGGAUGUGGAGACUGAGAGUGUUUGGGGGCUACCGAGAACUUUUGGUCCAGCCAGGCGACGAUAGACGAAGCUUGAGCAGGGCUGGAGAUGUUUACUUAAGAGAACUCAUUCCCUCAUCCCGUCUUCACGAUGUUCAGGGAAUACUCGCCCGUAGCCUUCUGCCUUCGCCUAUCUAUUGUCCCAAUUUGAAUCUCGUACCCCAGCUACCUGCGUCAAGAUGAGGCUGCUCAGUCUCCUCCUGGCCACGCCUCUGGUCCUAGGGGCCCCUGUGCUUGAGACGAAAGGAAGAGCAGUCCCAGGGAAAUGGAUUGUGGUAAUGAAGGAAGACUACGACAUGGAUGCCGUCUCUCGUAGAAAGAGAGGCGUCAACGCCGAGCUCGAAGUCGAAUCACUAGCUAUGCCUCAGCAUACCUAUAGCAUGGGCAGUUUUAAGGCUUAUGCUCUUGACGCUUCAGAUAACCUGAUAAAUCAGGUUGCCAAGCUACAAGAUGUUGCUUACAUCGAACCUGAUACAAUGGUGGAGACUGCGGCGACAGAAUUUGAGAGAAAUUCUCCUUGGGGCCUUGCCAGAAUCUCGAGUAGAACACCGAAUGCGACCACCUAUGUAUACGACGAUAGCGCGGGUGAAGGGACAUAUACAUACAUCAUCGACUCGGGGAUUUUCACCGACCACCCGGAGUUUGAGGGACGGGCCAGUUGGGGACCUAGUUUUGUAUCGGGUGAUGAGAAUCCAACAGUCGACGAAAAUGGCCACGGGACCCAUGUUGCCGGCAUUGCGGGAUCCAAGACGUACGGUGUUGCUAAGAAAACUAACCUCAUCGCCGUCAAGGUCCUGAACGCCGGGGGUUCAGGUCCCAUCAGUCAAGUCAUUGCAGGCAUACAAUGGGUAGUUGACGACGCCAAGUCCAAGAACCGCAUCAAUAAAUCUGUCGCAAACAUCUCCCUCGGCGUCAUAGCCAUCGGCAACUCAACUGUGAGUCUGGCAGCCGGUGCCGCCGUAGAAGAAGGUCUGUUCAUCGCCGCCGCUGCCGGCAACUCCCAAACACCUGUGGAGUUUUAUGCGCCAGCUCAGUACCCUACGCUGUGUUCCAUAGGCGCGUCCGCGCCAGAUGACGCGAAGGCGACCUUCUCCAACUACGGGAACGGGAUCGAUCUGUUUGCCCCGGGCGUCGACGUCAUUUCAACCUACAACGAUGGCUCUACCCACGUGCUUUCGGGCACGUCGAUGUCCGCGCCGCACAUCGCCGGUCUUGGCGCUUAUCUCCUGACCCUCGAAGGGGAUCGUGAUCCCAUUGCUCUGUGCCAGCGGAUCCAGGAGCUUGCUACGAAAGACGUCGUCACUAACGCCAUGUCACCGAACAACAUGGUGGCCUUUAAUGGUGUCGAUCAGGCAUCUCUCUACAGCCGAUCCAAGCCCGUCUCACUGAGAGGCUAGGCUUUGACGAGUAAGGCACGGAGUCGAGGUUGAUGAUAUUUUGCGUGAAAAUUUCAGGUAAUAGCGGAUAUUUGAUCUCUCUGAGGUUUAAAUAUAUAGACAGGUUAAUAGUUACAUC